CAGCCGCCAUCUUGACGCGGCUCGGAAUUAGGAUUUCGGGAGAGCACUAAUUUUUCAACCGAAACGAGCCAUUUAGACCGUGCUCAAACGGCUUUAUUCUGCAAAAACUCGAAGUAUUUAUCCUUUCGAAUAUAAUUAUUGAGAAAAAACGGGGAUUGGAUCGGUUUUUGUCGUCUGGAGAGCCCCUCGUAUAUUUGAUUUCCCCUUCAGAGAGCGCCGCUUCUCCGUAUCUCCGUUCCGAGCCAAUGUAUUUACCCGGAGACAGUAUCGAGAAAAAAUAAAUCGGUGUAUACAAAAUAUUUUUUGGAAUUUUCUUCUUUUUAUUGGAAUCGAAAAUGGAAUUUAAAGCUUUUCAUUUGGACUGGGAAAAAAACGAUUCUUUAAAGAUGCCUGUCUAGGGAUUUAUGGAGAAAGGGACUUAAUCCACUCUAUAUACUAUUUUUUUUACUAUUUUUAAUUUAUUUUCCUUGAACUGAAAUACAUUUUUGGGGUAAUUAUUAAGGAUAAUUAUGUGGGUGUUGGGUGUUGGAUUAUCAUGGGGUGAUUGUCAGUGGCGAUGCGUGGCGCUGUUGCCUUUCUUUUGAAACAUUCUACUGUAUUCGGUUGGCUAGUGGCAGUGCAAGCAUUUUCUAUCUUGCCAGCAAACGUUAACUGGUUUAAUUGCCCGAGCGAGUAAGACAACUUACAGGUUAAUUGUUGUCAAUUACGUUUUCGAGCUGGAAGGAUUGACAUUUCAUUUUGCAUCAAUAUUUAGUAACUAUUAUCGAUCAGAAUGGCUGACAAUUUGCUGGACGUCGGACCUCCCAACGCAAAGCGACCGAAGCUUAAUUCACCUGCUCUUUCAGCGUCAGAUGGCACAGACCUGGUGUCGCUGUUCGACCUGGAGAAUGACCUCCCGGACGAGCUGAUCCCCAACGGGGACCUGGGCGGCCUGAUGGGCAUGCCCUCUAACGGUGGCCCUGGCGGGGGAGGAGGGGGUCCGGGCGGCGGUCACCGAGGCCUGAGCUCCAUGGUCCCCGACGCGGCGGCCAAGCACAAGCAGCUCUCGGAGCUCCUGAGGGCAGGCAGUGCCUCGAAUCUAGGAGGGGGCCUCCAGGGUGGCCCUGGGCCGGGGGUCAUGGGCCCCAUGAUGGGGAAGAGCCCCAUGGGCCAAGGCUUGCCCAUUCAAGCCCAGAAAGGAGGCCCCACCGGUGGACAACAGGGCAACGGCUCCAUGGCUGGCUUCAACCAGGCCAUGAUGAACAGCCAGGGACACGGGAUGCCGGGCCAGUUGAUGAACGGGAGCCUGGGGCAGGCGGGGCGGGGCCGGCAGGGGAUGCAGCAGUACCAGGGCCAGGCCAUGCAGGGGGCCCCGGGGGGCACGGUGUCGGCUGGCAGCGUCCUGGCAGACACUCUGGCCCAGGGAGGAGGGCAGAUGGGGGCUCACAACGCCAUGAACGCCCAGCAGGCUGGUAACAUGAACAAGAUGGGUAUGCCUGGUGGUCCGUUCACUCAGUACAGCCAGGGAGGGGUCCAGCAGCAGCUCCAGAACAAGGCAGCCCUCGCCAAUAGCCUGCCUCCGUUCCCCAGCGACUUGAAGGGGACCAGCAGUGUGCCAAACCUGGGCCAAAUGCAACAGCAGGCGUCCUCCAUGGUACCCGGCGGCGUCGGGGGGUCGGCGGCGGCGACGACGGGCCCCACGGCCGACCCGGAGAAGCGCACCCUCAUCCAGCAACAGCUGGUCCUCCUUCUCCACGCCCACAAGUGCCAGCGACGGGAGCAGGCCAACGGGGAGGUGCACCCCUGCGCCCUGCCCCACUGUCGCACCAUGAAGAACGUCCUCAACCACAUGACCCACUGCCAGGCCGGCAAGUCCUGCCAGGUGGCUCACUGCGCGUCGUCCAGACAGAUCAUCUCCCACUGGAAGAACUGCACGCGGCACGACUGUCCCGUCUGCCUGCCACUGAAGAACGCCAGUGACAAGAGGAACCAGCAGCCGAUGCUGGGUUCUCCCGGCGCCAGCCUGCAGAGUGCCAUCAGUGCCACGGUGGGCGCGGGCCCUCCUGGCGGUUCCCCGGGUUCCUCCAUGAACAGCGGCGGUGCCAGCAGUGGCCACAUCGACCCCAGCUCCAUGCAGCGGGCCUACGCCGCCCUGGGACUCCCCUACGGCAACCAGGCCCCAGCCCAGGGUGGACCUGGGGGGCAGAACACCACCCCGGCCGGGCAGCACCAACAGCUGCGCUCCAUCAAUGCUCUAGGCAACAUGAACAUGUCCGGAGGAAUGGGUGUGCCUUCAGACGCUGGCAUGCACUCUGACUCGUCGCUACCCUCGUCACUCAACAAUCAGCUGAUGUCAGACGGGCCGGGCACAGGGGGCAUGGGCAACCUCCCCGGUGCCAACCCUCUGUCUGCCACGGGGGUGAGGAAGGCGUGGCACGAGCACGUCACUCAGGACCUGCGCACCCACCUGGUGCACAAACUUGUACAAGCCAUAUUCCCCACCCCCGACCCGGCAGCACUGAAGGACAGGCGCAUGGAGAACCUGGUGGCGUACGCCCGCAAGGUGGAGGGGGACAUGUACGAGUCAGCCAACAGCAGGGACGAGUAUUAUCACUUCCUGGCGGAGAAGAUCUAUAAGAUCCAGAAGGAGCUGGAGGAGAAGAGGCGCUCGCGGCUUCAGAAGCAGCCUGGCCCCUUAGCAGGGGGGCCCCAAGGGGUCCAGCAGCAGGCCGGCAUGGCCCCGCAACUCAACGCCAUGGGCCAAGGCCAGGCCGCACGACCAGCCAAUGGACCUGUGCCUAUGCCUAACGUGCCAAAUCAGAUCAUGCCCCGCAUGCAAGUGUCUCAAGGAAUCAAUCAAUUCAACCCCAUGGCGAUGCAGAAUGUGCAGAUUUCCCAGGCGCCCAUGGGGACCCGAGCCGCUUCCCCCAUGAACCACCCGCAGCAGAUGAACAUGGGCUCUGUCCCAGCGAUGGGCAUGUCCCCGUCCAGGAUGCCCCAGGCGCAAGGCAUGAUGGGCCAGCACGCUAACAGCAUGGUGGGCCAGACGGCUAAUCAGAGCCAGUUCCUGCCCCAGAGCCAGUUCCCCCCCAGCGCUGCCCCUGGAGGGAUGGGGGUCGGCAACAUGGGCCCCAUGGGCCAGUCACAGGCAGCUGUCACUCAGCAGCAGCAGAACUCCAACCUGAACGCCCUGAGCUCCCUGGGCCCCCAGCCCCCCCUGCCCCGCGCCACCCCGCCGCCCAACGCCUCAGCUAACUUGCAGCAGCUCCAGCACCCCCACCAGCCCCCUCAGCAGUCGCCGUCCUCCACCCCGACCCACGUCCCCAGCGGCAGCCUCCCCGCCCGACCGCCCUCCACCCUGGGCAUGCAGUCCCCAGCCGCCCCCUCCCAGCCCCUCACGCCCCUGCAGCAUCAGCCGCCAGGGACUCCCAGCCAGAUGCAGCAGCCCAGCUCGGUGCAGCCGCAGCCCCCCAGCACGCCGCUGUCCCAUUCGGCGGCCAGUAUAGAUAACCGUGUGCCCACCCCGGGCUCUGUGGCCGAGGUCCAUUCACAGCAGGCCCUGCCGGACACAGCCCAAACGGAGCCCAAAGCUGAGCUCAAAGACGAGGACGAUGACUGUGGCUCGGGAAAGAAGCAGCCCAGUGACUUCAAAAUGGAGCAGGACGAAGACACAAAAGACACCAAACCCCUCAUGGUCAAGAAGGAGGAGCCGGACGGGGUGGAGCCAAAGCAAGAGCCAAUGGAGACAAAGAUGGAGAAGAAGCCGGAGAUAAAGACAGAACCCAAAGAGGAGGAGGAGGGAGGUGCCAUCAGCACAGCUGUGUCCACCUCUCCCAACCAGAACCGCAAAAAAAUUUUUAAACCUGAGGAGCUGCGCCAGGCCCUGAUGCCCACACUAGAGGCCCUCUACAGGCAAGACCCAGAGUCUCUGCCCUUCAGACAGCCUGUCGACCCCAUGCUACUCGGGAUCCCUGACUACUUUGACAUCGUAAAGAAGCCUAUUGACCUGUCCACCAUAAAGCGUAAGCUGGACACAGGUCAGUACCAGGAGCCCUGGCAGUAUGUGGAUGACAUCUGGCUGAUGUUCAACAAUGCCUGGAUCUACAACCGCAAGACGUCCCGCGUCUACAAGUACUGCACCAAGCUGGCCGAGGUGUUCGAGGCCGAGAUCGACCCGGUCAUGAUGAGCCUCGGCUACUGCUGCGGCCGGAAGUAUGAGUUCUCACCCCAGACCCUGUGCUGCUAUGGCAAGCAGCUGUGCACCAUCUCCAGAGACGGCACCUACUACAGUUACCAGAACAGCUCACCCAAAUAUGGCCUUGUUGCCGACAGGUACCACUUCUGUGAGAAGUGCUUCAAUGAGAUCCAGGGCAACAGCGUCACCCUGGGAGAUGACCCGGCACAGUCGCAGACUAUGAUAUCUAAAGAACAGUUUGAAAAGAAGAAAAAUGACAUGCUGGACCCUGAACCGUUUGUUGAAUGUAAAGACUGUGGACGCAAAAUGCACCAGAUCUGUGUGUUGCACUAUGAUGUCAUCUGGCCUUCGGGCUUUAUUUGUGACAACUGUCUGAAGAAGUCCGGAAAGUCGAAAAAGGAGAACAAGUUUGCCGCCAAAAGGCUUCAGACAACGAAGUUGGGAACAUACAUCGAGGACCGGGUGAAUAAGUAUUUGAAGAGGCAGAACCACCCGGAGGCAGGGGAGGUGUUUGUACGAGUGGUGGCCAGCUCUGACAAAACAGUUGAGGUCAAACCUGGCAUGAAAUCCAGGUUUGUAGACACGGGUGAGAUGCAGGAGAGCUUCCCAUACAGAACCAAAGCACUUUUUGCGUUUGAGGAGAUUGACGGUGUGGAUGUGUGUUUCUUCGGCAUGCACGUCCAGGAGUACGGCUCCGAGUGCGCUUUUCCCAACACCAGACGAGUUUAUAUAUCGUACCUGGACAGUAUUCACUUUUUCAAACCCCGGGCGCUGAGGACUGCAGUCUACCAUGAGAUCUUGAUAGGGUACCUGGAGUAUGUCAAGAAACUAGGGUAUGUGUAUGGUCACAUCUGGGCGUGCCCCCCCAGUGAAGGGGAUGACUACAUCUUCCACUGCCACCCGCAGGACCAGAAGAUCCCCAAGCCCAAGAGACUGCAGGAGUGGUACAGGAAGAUGCUGGAGAAGGCCUUCGCUGAGAGGAUCCUGCACGACUUCAAGGAUAUCUUCAAGCAGGCCACCGAGGACCGUAUCACCAGUGCCAACGAGAUGCCCUACUUCGAAGGUGACUUCUGGCCCAACGUGCUGGAGGAGAGCAUCAAGGAACUGGAGCAGGAAGAGGAGGAGCGGAAGAAAGAGGAGAACGUGGCCUCCUGUGAGACCCCCGAGCACGCUGUCGACAGCAAGAACGCCAAGAAGAAGAACAACAAGAAGACCAAUAAAAACAAGAGCAGCGUGAGCCGGGCCAAUAAGAAGAAGCCCGGCAUGCCCAACGUAGCCAAUGACCUGUCCCAGAAGCUGUACUCCACCCUGGAGAAGCACAAGGAGGUAUUUUUCGUCAUCCACUUGCACGCCGGGCCCUCUGUCAACACCCUCCCCCCCAUUAUGGACCCGGACCCUCUACUGACCUGUGACCUGAUGGACGGCCGCGACGCCUUCCUCACCCUGGCCCGGGACAAGCACUGGGAGUUCAGCUCUCUGCGCCGGUGCAAGUGGAGCACCAUGUGUAUGCUGGUGGAGCUCCACAACCAGGGCCAGGACCGCUUCGUCUACACCUGCAACGAGUGCAAACACCACGUGGAGACGCGCUGGCACUGCACCGUCUGUGAGGACUUUGAUCUAUGCAUCAACUGCUACGCCUCCAAGGGCCACGAACACAAGAUGGUCAAGUGGGGCCUCGGCCUGGACGACGACAGCGGCGGAGCAGGCGGAGCCGGGGGCGAGGCCACCCAGAGCCCCCAAGAAUCCCGACGUCUCUCCAUCCAGCGCUGCAUCCAGUCCCUGGUCCAUGCCUGCCAGUGCCGCAACGCCAACUGCUCCCUGCCGUCCUGCCAGAAGAUGAAGCGCGUGGUGCAGCACACCAAGGGCUGCAAGAGGAAGACCAACGGCGGCUGCCCGGUGUGCAAGCAGCUGAUCGCCCUGUGCUGCUACCACGCCAAGCACUGCCAGGAGAACAAGUGCCCCGUGCCCUUCUGCCUGAACAUCAAGCACAAGCUGAGGCAGCAGCAGCUCCAGCAUCGCCUCCAGCAGGCCCAGAUGAUGAGGAGGCGCAUGGCCACCAUGGCCGGCCGUGGCAUGGGGCCCCAGAGCCUGCCGUCGCCCCCUACCUCAGCCACCCCCGGCACCCCCACGUCGGGCGGGCAAACGCCCAACACUCCCACCCACACUCCCCAGCCCUCUAUACCCGUCAACCAACCCCAGCAGCAGCAGGCCCCCAACGUGACUGCCGCCAUGGCCCAGCAACAGCUAGGCUUCCCCAACAAUGGUCGCAACAGCCAGCCGCCGACGCCCGUCCCACAAGGGGGCAAGCCGGGGCCACAGUCUUCCCCUCUGCAUCAGGUGCAGUCGCCCCUGCCCAACAUAUCCCCCCAGCAGCAGCAACAACAACAACAGAUGCCCCAACAACAACAACAGCAGCAGCAGCAGCAGUCCCCCCUGCCUGGCAUGCAGAUGUCCCGACACAUCGAGAUGGUCUCCAAGGCCAAGCAGCAGCAGCAGGCGCCCCAGUCCUACAUGAACAUGCCCAACGGUGUUCCCAUGAACCACCCCCGCAUGGUGGGCCAGAUGGGACCCGGGCAGAUGCAGCAGAUGAUGGGGCCCCGGGGGCCCCAGGUGAUGCAGGCCAUGCAGCAGGGCCAGUGGGGUCCCCAGGGCAUGCAGCAGAACACGCUCCAGAACGCUCAGGCUGUCCAGCAGGCUCAGCAGCAAAACCUCCCCCAGCAAGGGGGCCCAAUGGCGCCCCAGCAGGUUCAGGGAAACCCUACCCAGCGGCCCAUGAUGCAGCAGGUCCUCCAGAUGCCCGGCGGGGUCCAGAUGCCGCCGCAGGGUCCCUCUCAGCAGCAGGGCAUGCCCCGGGGCAUUCCGGGCAACAUCGCCCCCAAUGCUCUCCAGGACCUCCUGAGGACGCUAAAGUCCCCCAGCUCACCCCAGCAGCAGCAGCAGGUCCUCAACAUCCUCAAGUCCAACCCCCACCUCAUGGCCGCCUUCAUCAAGCAGCGCACGGCCAAGUACCAGGCCAGCCAGGGACCGGGCCAGCAGCAGCAGAACCCCCAGCAGCAGCAGAACCCUCAGGCCAUGCUGGCGGGUCAGGCCGGGAUGCAGGCCAUGGCUGCCGCCAUGCAGGCCGGAGCGGUGCAGCAGAGGCCGGGGAUGCCCCCCCAGCAGCAGGCAGUCCCGCAGCAGGGGGGAGGCCCCCAGGGCAUGGCCGCCAUGGGCCCCCAGGGGCAACAGCUGAUGAACGCGGCGGCGCACAACGGCAACUCCCAGCUCUACCGCAGGCAGCUACACCGGAUGCAGCAGAUGCAGCAACAGGGAGCCAUGCCUCAGGGCCACCCGGGCCAGUUUGCCCAGCAACAGGGAGGCGCGCCCAGCUACUCCCAGCUCCGCAUGCAGCAGAUGGCCAUGCAGCAGGGACCCAUGGGUCAACUCCCCCCCAUGGCCCAGAUGGGGCAGCCGGGCAUGGGCAUGGACGGGCCCCAGGCGCAGAACCUCAUCCAGCAGAGGAUGCUCCAGCAGCAGCAGCAGAUGAUGAAGCAGCAGAUGGUCUCUCCGGCCCAGGCCAACUCCAUGAGUCCCCAGCCCCACAUGCUCCAAGGACAGCCCCAGGGAGGAGCACACCUGCCCGGCCAGGCCAUGGCCAACACCCUGGGCAACCAAGUCAGGUCCCCGGCCCCGGUUCAGUCGCCUCACCCCCCGUCGCAGCAGCCCCCACAUUCCAGCCCCUCGCCCCGGAUACAACCCUCGCCCCAGCACGCCAACCUCCACUCCGGCUCGCCCCACCCCGGUCUGGGCGGCCCAAUGCCCGGCUCAAUGGACCAGGGACACCUGGGCUCAAGCGAGCAGAGCGCCAUGCUACCGCAGCUUAAUACUCCCAACCGUAGCGGGCUGAGUAAUGACUUGAGCAUGGUUGGGGAUGCCACAGGGGACACACUUGAGAAGUUUGUUGAAGGAUUGUAGCAUUUUGUGAACAAAAGAGACUCUAAAAGCCUUGUUUUCUGUUUUUCACAAACAACAUUUUGUACUGACUGAUCUGUAAAAAGUUUCAAAAGAAAUGCAAAGAAAUGAGUCAUGAGGCCUAAGGACUGUGAACGUUUCCUUAACUGCUAUGUCCUCCAACAGAGGGAUUUGAAUAAUUAUUGCUGUUUAAAGAGGAGAAUGAGAAAAAACACAGAAUAUAUUUUUUGGUUCAGACCAGCCAUGAAAAUAAUUUUUCCUGGUCUUUUUGUUUUUAAUUUGUUUUUGGUUUUGUUAUUUCUUCUCUGGUAUGGACUUUUUUAAAGAGAAACCUUCUCAAAACAAAGAUCUUUCAUUUUAUUAUUCAAUUUUUUAUUUUGUACCUUUGCAAAAAAAAAAAGAAAUCAUAGCAUUUUUGUGUUGAGAAGACUAAGAUAAAUUUGUCUGGGAACUUUUUGUGCCAGGAUUUGCCUCUUCGCUCCCUUUUCAUUCCUGGCUAAUUUAUUAUUCUAAUGUACCAUCUUUCAAAAAGGACAUGCCUUUGGGAGAUACUUAUUUUCUUUAAGUACUGCAGACGUUUUUGGGGGGAGAUUAACGUAUUUGUAUAGAGUUAAGAACUAUUGCACACAAAAACAUCACAUUCAGGUGUGCAAAGACUAAGACUCGCACAAACGCUUGUUUUUCCACAGGUGCCGGAAUGUUAAUUUUCUACUGGCUUGGAGCCGGUGUUUGUCUUUCGGAUGUUGGAAAUCUUUGUUGCUUUUUUUUUCUCCUUCGAUCAAAUGAUUUCUCAUUGAAAUCUUUAUACCCAUGACAUAAAUGUGGUGGGACUGUACCUGUUGAACUGCUUGCUGAUUUGUGCUUAGAGAGCGUUCUGUGCAUCUUUUUUCUUCUUGCAUUAAACUUGAAUUGAGGUGGAACUGUUCUCUAUUGUAAAUCAUGCAGGUGGACAAUACUGUAAAUAUGCAGAAAAAGAAUGAAUCACUGUACAAACUGGUUAAAAAUGACUCAUUUCGUACUUAUAUACCAUAUUGUUAAAUAAACUGUGUGCAAACAGACUCA